GACAGUUUUUGUGCUGUCGCAAAGAAGUUCAGCUGCAACGGCGGUGAUUGGGUCGACAGAAAGCGGAAGAAGCAAGACAACGCACGUGCAGCAGCGUCGUACCGUUGGUUGGACUUGUCAGAAACGCGAGUGAUGGCCAGUACGGAAAGCGCAGUUGGGGCGGUCCGGCCGCUGGGUGCGGCUGGCCUCGGACCCCGCGUGUCCUCACAGGGCAUCGUGUGCCAGGGCCAAGUUGCGUGGGCGUACGAUGGCCGCACCUUGUCGUUCGCAUCCACCUUGUCGGGGUCGCCCAUGCACUCCAUCACCCUGGCGCCACUCGCCCUGGUCGCAGUCCUGGACACGGCCAGCACCGUGGCGGCGUCGUCCCUGGAAGCAAUGCAGGUGCUGCUCGUGCUGCGGUCCGCUGAGGAUGUAUCGUUCAUGAUGUGCCUGCACCGCCUCCCCACGCAGCAGUUCUCUCGCGGCGUCGUCAUCAACCAGCCACUCGUGGACGUGUGCUGGCUGGGCAAGCCGCCCUCAGCCAUGCCGCAGAGCAGGGCAUGCAUCGCCGCCACCUCCCGGUCCGGUGAGCUUGCCCUCUUCGACCUCACACCGAUCCUUGCAGACCACCACCCCUGGUCCUGGGACAUCGACACAGAUCCCCUCUCCUCCCACACCUUGCAGUCAAAGGCAGUCUGCCAUCUGGGUCAGCUCCCCGAGCACUUCUCAUACAGUGCUCAGCUGCACACCCUACUUGCCCUCGGCGCAACCAAGGGCGUCCUCGUCUCCCUCAACAGCGACCAACGCGUGCAAGAAUUUGAGCAGGAACGGCGGCGCAGCAGCAUCGUGGAUGCGGUGGCAUAUGCCAUUGUGUCGGAUGGCACUCGCUACAUCAUGAUUGCCACCAUGCACGGCAACCAGCCUGCCCUGGAGCUGUACCACGUGCAAGAUGACAGCAUCGCCUACGACGAGGACUUCACACCGCUCGCCAACACGAUGCAGCUGCCACCCGACAGCGGCACCAUCGUCACCAUCCCCAGCCUUUGCGUCUGCGGACCGUCCUUGUCAAGCAGCAACGAUGAUGAUGACGAUGACGAUAGCACCACCGUCAUGUGCACAAUCGCGGCCACCACGGGCAACCGCUGCGACGUUGCCGUUGUCGUCAUCGAUGAAGACGCCCGCCUCAGCAGCGCAUGGGAGGAGAACAUUUCAUUUGCAUUUCGCCACGAGGUUGGCGUGGACCUCGACGCGGAGCCAACGGCGCCCCCGGCGUUUUCGGUGGACUUGGCGUCCAUUUACAGAUAUCACCACAAGAACCGUGCAGAGGUGCAGGAGACGCAGGCGACUUCGGAGAGCAACACGAUUCCGUGGCCGUGUAACGUCAGCUUGCAGGGCACGCUGCUCGUCUCAAACACACUCGUCGACGUCCACUGCUACGGCGCACAGGAGGCGGUCCUGCAGCGGCUGUCGACGCUUGCUGUGCCGAUGCUGUGUGAGCCCGAGGAGACAUACGCGCGGUUGAAGCAGGCCGGGCUCGUCGCAGGCACAGCACAGUCGCCCAAGGACAUGCGAGAUGCUGCCCUUGAGGUGCUCAUGUUCAAUGGGAUGACGGGUGCUGUUGGCGCAUACACGCGCUACCUCAUUGCGCAAGCAAACCUGCCUAUGAGCGCGCGCACCCUGCAUGCCCACGACACGCUGGGCUCGCUUUGGGACUGGCUGCUUUCGUUUUGGCGGCGGUACAUGCGCGUGUGCAAGCGUCGGUUUGUGGAGUACCUUCAAGGCACGCCCUUCUCCGACAACGACGUCCAGCCCGUUCUCGUCAUGCUCUCCGCCAUCGUCAAGACACUGAGCGGGACGGCGGGAUCUGAGGAGACGCUCGAGACGAUUCGCCAGCAGGAAGCCCUCAUCAAGGACUGCAUCCGCCUCUUCAAAGUGAUUGCCUGGUGCGAGCAGAACGGCUUCAACGAAUCCCUGUGCGAGUGGUCGGCGCUGUACAGCAUGGCGGCUGCAGAGGUUCUUCGCGCCGCUGCCGCUGAUGUUGAUGAUGCUGAUGGCAAUGACGCCGUCGCUCUCGACAAGGAGCACUUCACCAGCGUUCGGGCGUUUCUCAAGUCGAAGCUGCCGAUGAACAGCGUUGCGCUGGCGUGUGUGUACCGCAUGGUCGUGUCCACCAACGACCGCCGUCUCGCGCUAUCGUUUGCGGACGCGUUGGAGCUCCCCACCCAUCUUGUCGCCCUUGUUGACGGAGUGGCAGCCAUGGACCAGGACAACUUUGAGGAGGGCCUUGCGCUGCUGAGCACGGCAGAUGUGCCCGUCUUUGCGCAGCAGCACGUGCAGAUUGUGCAGCACCUGUGUAGCCGCGGCCACCCUGCGCUUGCUCUCAAGUACUGGCAGGCGCACGAGCACCGCAUGCUGGGCUCCUUUGGCGUGACUGGCGACACCGUGGCCAUGGUCGACUUGCUGCUGAGCAGCAGCCAGCUUCCCUUCUGCUUCACCCGUCUGCGGCAAGCGCGCCAGCAAGGCCACGACACCACCGCAGCCAUGGACUUUCUCUUCCAACGGUGCCUGGACGAUCGGACCGUCAAGUCUCUGCUUGAUCUCCCACUCGAUGAGGAGGAGGGACAAAUGCUCCAGUCGUUCCUCGCACGCGACGAUGCAACAUCUUCGCAGCGACAGGAAGCGCUGCUGCUGUUUCUUCUCCUCAAGUCUCGCAUCUGCGACGCGUUCCAAGUCCACUAUGCGCUGAAUGCGCGCUCGGAUGUGCCGGAGGACCGCGCACAGUUCCGCGCCGCUCUCAUGCACAACUACAAGACGGCGCUGCCGCAAUACCUCGCGCGGCGUGUGGACAACCCGUCCUUCCAGAUGCCCUUUGACGAGUUUGUUGCAUCACUCGACCAGACCAAGGACGCAUCUGUUCCCGACGCCACCGCUGCCAGUGCAGCGUCAACAGCACCUGGUGCAUAUGGCGGGGUUUCGUCGCCUGCCAUGUCGCAUCUUCUCAAGCGCGCGCCGACCUCAACACAGAUGCAGACACAGACACACCCCGCUGUUCACCGCGUGCAGCCUUCCAGGAUGCCCCUGUUUGCUCGUCCGCCGGCAACGCCCCUCGACUACCGGCCAAAGUCCAGAUCAAGGCUAAACUACACCGACGCAACACCUCGUCGCCUUUCCAUGCACGAGACAUCAUUUGCGGCGUUGGCAACGCCACCGGAGUAUGCGUCGCCGACGCUGCAGCAGCGGUUCGCUGGAGCUGCACAUGCGGGGAUUAUGGAGGAGAGCAUGGCGAUGGACGAGACGACAGAUGCCGACGCGUCUGCAGAGACGUCCAAGGAACACAUUCCACGCGCAGCCGCAAUGGAGGAGGAAGACAAUGAAGAUGAGGAUGAUGAUGAUGAGGAGGAUGAUGAGGAGGAGGAUGACGAUGAUGACGUGACCAUCAACCUGCCCAAGGUGAUGAGCACGCCCUCCACCUCGGCCUCGACAAGCUUCAUGUCUGACCGCCACCACGCAAGCAUGCUCAGCACCGAUGCAAGCCGCACCCACGACGACAGCACGCCCGCCACGCCAACCACGCCAUCCACGCACCACCGCAAGGACGGGCGACACGUGAGCAUUGCCGAGGAGGCUGUGCGUGCUGGUGCAGCGGGUCGUGGCGGCACGGAUUUGCCCACACCGCGGGUGGGGCCGACGCGGACCGUGACGGACAACAUGGGCAUCUUCUCUCCGCAGACACCGGCGCAGCAGCACCAGCAGGAGGAGGAGGAGGAGAAGCAGGAGGAGGAGGAAGAGCAAGAGGACCAACAGCCGCAGCAACAGGAACAGAGGCAGCAGCAGCGCGAAGAGGCUGAGCCGAGCAAAGAGGUGGCCGAGACGGCGACCACGACGGCUGCUGGUGCUGUGCUGGUGAUGCCAUCCGUGCAGCGGGCAAUGGCCAUGACGCCGCGCAAGGCGCCGAGCAGCCCGCUCGCCCGCACACCGCUCACCGCACAGGCCGCGGCGGCAGCGACCACGGAGAAGGGGCACAAGGAAGGCGAAGAGGAAGAGCAUGAGGCGCGCGCAACACUGCGGCACCAUCUGCUGCACUCACUCCGCAGCGCCAGCAGCAGCAGCAGCAGCAGCAGCGGCGGCGGCGGCGGCGGUGGGUUCAAGCCGUCCCCCUCAUCGUCAUCCUCGCCAGCACUGGCCAGGACAGCUGUGGCCGGGCCUGGGAGCGUGUCGUCCCCGCUCGUGAGCAGCAAGCCCUCGUCGCCCAUGGUGCGUUUGUCUCGCCCGGAGUCCGGCAGUGUGCAGCGCAGUGCCCGCCUGUCCACCCCGCGCAGCGCCGCGCGCGUACCGUCCAUUGCACUUCCGCGUCGCAAGCGGGAGACGCCGCCCGGGAAGAAGGAGAGCGGUGGUCUUGGCCCCGUCUCCUCCACGCCGCUCAAGACAGCGCCAUCAGCAGCAGCACCGCCAUCGCAGCUGCGGCAACAGCGGGGACAGCGAAAGCAGCCAGAGCCGUUUUCGCCCGAUGUGAGCAUGGCGGUUGGCGACUCGCCGCCACUCUCUGAGGCGCCCAGCUUUGCUGCGACCCCACUGCGUGGUUCCAUGCACAUGGGCAUGCAGUCGAGCGAUGAUGACGAUGAUGGUGAUGAUCACCACGACAGCGACCACCACGGUGUUGGCAUGCACAGUGAUGAUGACGAAGACGAAGUGGUUGGCAUUGACGUCGGCAAGCCCGCGACAACGGCAGCAGCAGCAGCAGCAGCAGCGGAGGCGGGCAUGGCUGUGUCACGUCGUGUCCACGUGACGCCGAGCCGCCCGAACCAGGCGUCCUCGCACGCCGUUGCUGUUGCGUCCCCGCAGAUGCCCUCCACUCCAGAUGUGCCAACUUUCUCGCCGCCACUCACCCGACUCAGCGCACGCAAGCGCGGCGUGGGACGCGGGCGAGCUGCCACGGCCACCGCUGCUGGAGUUUCUGGACUGUCGACCGACAGCCCUGUUGCACUGCCCACAACGCAUCGCGGGCACGAGGGCGAAGCAGCCAAGCCGCAGGAGGGACAGCAGCAGCCAGGCCGGGCUGCUCCACGACGCACGCGAGCAAAGCGCAAGAAAGGCAGCAGCGGCAGCGGCAGCGGCGGUGUGUCGCAUGGCAUGACGCUGAGAAGCGGACGGCACACGACUCCGUCCCGCAAGAACGACGCGCGCCCUUAGUGCCGUUGUGAAGUGCACUGCGUCGUGCGCGGGGCUGAGGGUAGUGUGCUUGUGUCGUCUUUCGUGUUUGGUUUCGUUUGGGUUUGGGUUGCUUAGUUUGCUUGCUUGUUGCCUUGGCAUCAGCAACGAAGGAGUGAUUGUGUGCGUGCAUGCGUGUGUGAUUGUGUGUGUGUGAUUGUGUGUGUGUGUGUGUACGCGUGUAUGCGUAUGAAAUAAACAGCAGUCCA